AUAAUCGAUUGUUUAUUUAUACCAUUACCAAUUUAUCGAAAAACUCACAUACAUAUCUGUCAAAAUAAUCAAAAUUCAACAUCUUGGAAUCGAUUGCUAAUUUUGCGUUUUAUGACCUUCGUGGAUAUUCAAAAUUUGGACCCUUUGUGUGGGAGGUGCCCGAAGGAGUGGUCCGAUAUACCUCAUUUUCACAAGACAGUCCUUGGAAAAGAGAAGACCAAUCAAGGUUAAAAACCCCCGCAGACACACAACAAUUGAUUUUCCCUGUUUGCAGAGCAUCGAACAAGAGCAUCAAAAUGGAGAGAGCGAUGAACUAUCAUGAACAAUUUAUUGAUAUAUAUAUUGACAAUCUUCGGGAUACUUUGCCCGACAGGGUGCUGCAGAAACUAAAACGGGCCUAUCUCACAAAUAUCAGAGCCAAGAUCGAACAAUUGGAAUCUAAGGAACCGUCAAUAGCCGAUGAGGUUCAGGAUGAGAAAGUCAAACCCAGAGUUUAUCCUCCAAAUUGGACAGCUGAAGAAAUUGCCGUUUACGAAGCCGCAAAAAAGGAAUUUCGUUUGAAAUGGCAAAAGGCAGAUGAAGAAUUGGCAAAGCUAAGGGGGCCAAAGGCAUUACAAUUGGAAUAUAUAGUAGAAGAGCACCGGCGGCGAAAGACUCAAGCGGAUAAACCGGAUGGCGACAAUGAACCAGCUCCAAGCUCCGCUUCCUCCUCAAAUGCUGUUCAAUCGGUAGAAUCGAUAGACUUCUCUCCCUCAACUUCUAAAGUGGUAGGAUCGAAAGACGUCUCUCCCUCAACUUCUAAGGCGGCAGGAUCGAUAGACUUCUCUCCCUCAACUUCUAAAGCGGCAGAAGCUGGGCAGAAAUUAGAUGCAGCUGGUGGUGGUGGCGAAGAAAGUGAUUACGCGAGCGAUAGUGAAAACGAAUCCCAUUUGGAGCCCGAUGAUAUGGACUUGAUAAUAAUUCGAGAAGGAAAGAUUGAACGUUGCGGUGCCACAUAUAAAUUUACAGAUCUAAGUGGAGAAAUGACGAUAAAAGGGGAAACGUCCACUUUUACAAAUUCAUCUGGUACUCUCCAAUGGUAAUCCUCCAGUACGCUGGGAUCAGGCCAACCAUAACAACAAUUUACUUAUCAAAGGCGGACCUUCUCCCACACUAAAAUUGUGUGUAAACUAAUUGAGAAUUUGUAUUACAUUAUAUUUUUGAAAUUUGCGGAGCUGCAAAAAUGUUAAAGCUCUAAUUUUUAGAGGUUCUGGAACAAAGCCAAAAAAAUAGCAUACUUUAAAAUGGUCAUAA